UUACCUAACGCUUCCACGGAGGUCCGCACGUACAAGCACCUGGACGUGCCCAACCAAGACUGUGGCACCAUGGAGCCUGAGGAUUACCUAACUGUUCAACCAACUGCCGGCAGGGGUUCCCCAGCCGACAGCCCAGGUGUGCCGGCAGGUAACAAGAAGAGCCGUGACGUCAGCAGCUUCGACAUCCAGCUCAAGUUCUCCAUCUCCUCGUUACUGGGCCUCACGUCAUCCUCCUCUAGUGUAAGCUGCCCAGACAAACCGGAAGUGUCCAGCCAUGCACACGACGACCACAACACAGAACUGUGCUCACGUAGACACGUGACGUCACGCUACGACCAGCCGCACGAUUUGUCCACCUUUCACAAGUAUGUGACGUCACCAGAGUGCGUCAUGGGCCACGAUCUAUCACACUCCAACGACGCGAGCCCCAUCGACCCCCAUUCCCACGAUCCCCACGACCCCCACGACCCCCACCCCGGGGUAAAGAGCAAGAGAAACCGCACGACCUUCUCCUCCAGACAACUACAGGAAUUGGAACGGACCUUCAGGAAGACACACUACCCGGACAUCUUCACGAGGGAGAAGUUGGCCACAAGGGUCAAACUACCUGAGUCUAGAAUACAGGUGUGGUUCCAGAACCGCAGAGCCAAGUGGAGAAAGAGAGAGAAGCCGUACCAAACUUUUCACAUCAACUCGCCAUGCACGGUUACCUGCCCCUUUCAGUGGCAAGCCUACAACCUUUUCUCUGCCGGACCGGAAGUCCCUCCCAUCUACAGACAGUUCCCCUCCAUCUUCUCCUCCCAUCAUCCCCUCCAUGAGGAACUGGCCAGGGAAACCUAUUGCCAAGCUAGCGUUUUCUCCGGCCAAAUGUCCAUCCCAACAUCCGGUUCCUCCAGCGUGACGCUGCAAGAUGGCGGAGUCUCCCUGUUAAAACCCUCCAAGUCUCACCGUUAA